AGUUUUAUAUCAGCUAAUAUAAUACUUCCAUGACCAGCUCCGACAGAAACAUAACCGGCAUGCACUGCGAGACGACCCGCGGUGGUGGAUUCUGCGCAGGCGCGGCUCCUCCGAUCCUCCAGUUAUUACUUUUAAAGAAGAGAAGCAGAAAAAGCGACAGUGAGAGAUUCUGUCCGACAGCAGCGGACUGGAAGUGUGUGUUUGGAGGAGAAAGUACAGAAGAAACGCCUCCAUCAGCCGCAGGACGUCGUUCUGAAGCAAACCGCCGAUGUCCAGCAGCUGAUGAUGUUGAUCAAAGAAGAAGUUUCCCAUGAAUUGAGCCUCACUGUGGACCAGCAGAACCCACAGUCCCUCCACAUAAAGGAGGAACAGGAGGAACUGUGGACCAAUCCAGAGGGAGAGCAGCUUAAUGGGCAGAAGGAGGCUGAUAGAAUAAAGGAGGAGCAGGAGGAGGCCGUUAGCCUAAAGGAGGAACAGGAGGAACUGUCGACCAAUCAGGAGGAACAGCAGCCUGAUGUCCCUAGGAACUCUGGACCAGUCCACAGCUUAAUGGGCAGAAGGAGGCUGCUAAAAUGGAGGAACAGGAGGAGGCUAAUGACAUAAAGGAGGAACAGGCGAAACUGUGGAUCAGUCAGGAGGAACAGCAGUUUAAUGGACAGGAGGAGGCUGAUAAAAUAAAGGAGGAACAAGAGGAGGCUGUUAGCCUAAAGGAGGAACAGGAGGAACUGUCGGCCAAUCAGGAGGAACAGCAGCCUGAUGUCCCUAUGAAGAAUGAAGAUGACAAAGAGAAACCUCAGUUCUCACAGCUUCAUCACGACCAAACUGAAGACAACAAAGAGGAAGAGCCUCCAACCAGCAACUCAGAUAAUCAGAGGAAAACUGAUGGACACGACUGUGGACGAUCAGAACCAGCCAGCAACCCAGAUUCAAAUCGUCAUCUACAACCAAAUACUGAUGGGAACACUUCAGAUUUUUCUGAGACUGAAGUCAGUGAUGAUGAUGAGGAUGAAUGGCAGGAAACAUUGUCAGAUUCUGGACCUGAAACUGAAGACGGUGACAGUGAAUGGGAGAAGACGGAGACACCUAAAUCAGAUGUACAACGUACUGCUGGAUGUAACACUGAGAAGAACUCAUUUAGCUGCUCUGAGUGUGAUAAACAAUUUGUCUACAAGAGGUAUUUUGAGAGACACGUGAAAUGCCAUUCACAAACAAGGGCGUCCAGCAAUUUGGGUAAUAAGAAAAGAAUGAAACGAAAUGUAGAUUCACAGGUGAGAGACAAAAAGAGGGAAAAAGAGAAACCGCUAGCCUGUGAUGAAUGUGGUAAAAGAUUUAGACAUCAAUCUAAAGUUGCACAUGAGAGUUCACACAGGAGAGAAACCAUUUGGCUGUUAUGUUUGUGGCAGAAGAUUUUCCCAAAAGGGAGUCCUGAACGCACACAUCACACGUUUCUCUCACGCAGGAGAGAAACCGUUUAGCUGUGACGUUUGCAGUAAAAAAUUUAGCCAACAGGGAAUUCUGAACGCACACAUGACAAUUCAUACCGGAAAGAAAACGUGUGGUUGCGAUACUUGUGGCAGGAGAUUUAGACUUCCGCAUGAUCUUCAAGCACAUAGGAGAGUCCACACAGGAGAGAAACCAUUUAUUUGUGGUGAUUGUGGUGAAAGAUUUAGUCAACGGGGAACUCUGCUGAGACACAUGAGACUCCACACUGGAGAGAAACCAUUUGUUUGUGAUGACUGCGGGAAAAAAUUUAACCGCAUCUUAAGAGGCACAUGGCGGUUCACACAGAAAGUAAGAAAAAAGUCGCCACCGGAAAGAGACCAUUUAAAUGUAAUGACUGUGGGAAAUCUUUUAAGCAGAAAACACAUCUCAAAAUGCAUAUGAGCAUCCACACUGGAGAAAAAACAUUUUGCUGUAAAGUUUGUGAUGCAAAAUUUUCGUGACAGGGAAGUCUGACGAGACACAUGAAAGUCCAUAAAGAAUAGACACUGCACAGUUUCAGGGCUUCUUGUGAAAAAAAAAACUCAUAUGAAAGCGUGUUAAGAACCACAGUAUUGUUUUGUUGCAAUGUGCUUCACUUUUAUAUUCGUCUUUUGCACACUUGUAUCAGAGAGAGAUUUGUUUACAAAAGUUUUUACACAUAAAGCAUACAGAUAAUCAUAUCACAGCAUAUAGAGCAUACAGCAGAAUUGAGUACACCCCUGUGCAGAAUUAUUUAAAUGUUUAAUAAUUCAAAUUCACUUCUCAGUUGCAUUAUUUUUAAAUUAAACAGGAGAGCAUUUCUUCUUAUAAACACCCCAAAUCAUAUUGUUUGAAAAAGCCAUAUUGAAAAUAGAGGCAGCAAAAGUUAACACACCUGUGACCACUGACAUGAAAGUUUAAAAACCUGUAAUCACUGAAACUAAAUGAAAUACUCCGACUUCACAGUGAUGGGAAAGGAUUUAGGAAGAUAGGUGACCAACUAAAAAUCAAUAGAAACACAGUUACAGCGUUUGUUUGCCUCAAAUGUGGUCCAGCUACUUACUGGGACGAUCACAGUGAAAGCAUAGUCCUGACAGUGAAGGAUGAUAUGGGGCUGCAUGAGUACAAAACGUGUUGAGGAGAUGAAAUUUAUAGAUGUACCUUGAAAAAUCAGUGGAUGAACCAAAAUACUGGAUAACAAGACAACUCCCAGGCUGGAGAAAUUUAGCAGAACAGUCCAAAAUACAAAAACACAGUGAAAACUGUGGUUUUGAUAAGUAUGUCGCCUAACUUGAAUCCAAAAGAACAUCUUUGGGGAAAUAGUAGAGCAGCGUGACUCUUUCAGCAAAGAGAAGCUGGAAAAAUAGUCUGAAGAAGCAUAAAUUUUGUAUCUUCCAUGCCAAUGAAGAUUCAGACUGAAUCUCAUUAAUAGUUACCUUUUUUCAACAGUUCUUGUGGGGCCUGAAGUUUUAGUUUUGGUACUGUUUGUCCAAGCAAAAAAUGUACUCUUUAAUUCGAUUACUGUAAGAUGAUGCUUCCUGAUAAUUAAUUCAUGAUCUAGUCAGUUCAGCUCCAUCUCCUUCAGUAUCACCAACUCAUGUUAACUCUUGAAUUUCACUUUCAGACUCGGUGUCCGGCUGAACAAACAAAUGCAGUUCAUCAUGCAAGAUGUUGAUGUCGGUGUUUCCUGAAUCAUCAACUAAAUGGUAACAAUAACAAUAAAAUGAUCUAUUUGGGUUUCGGUCUGCAUACCUGUAGUGUUGUAUUAUUGUUCUUUUGGACUUAGAGCUUCAGGUAACCUUUUUCCUUCCAAUUCAUAGAACAUUUGUUGCUAACUGCUGCCCCUCAGUGGUGAGAACAGCUCAGUGCACCAUAGACCUGCUGUCCUCAUGAUGCCUCCAUCAGGUUGAAUAUAACCUUCAAUUUGCACUCAUGACUUUAGUGUAUUUAAUGAAGCCAUGAGGAUUUCCCCUUCAUACUUUUAAGAGUUAACUGCGCUGGAAGUAUAUAAGAGUGGGUUCUACUGGUUCAUUAUCAUAUUCUGUGAUAACAGCAAGGUACAUGAUGAAAUCACCUUGUAGGAGCCAAUGAGCGCACUACGUUAUAAGUAGGAACCAAUCUUUGUCUGGGCAGGUGUUCCGCCUCUAAGGUAAAACAGGUUUGACUGCUGAAGAAGCUGGAAAUGAUGAAUUGUUUGUUUUAGAUGAAGAAUGUUGGACUACAAUUGUUUUGAGCAAUAACUGCACAGAUUAUUGGAACACAAGCAUUUGUCUCGGGCUCUCUUCAUCACAUGCGGUAAAGUUUGUCGGCACGUCAACUUUUUAAGUCCUGGUGAAGCACCUCAGGGGCUUCAAGCAUUGGCUCAGCCUUUACACACCUCAUUCAGGUCAAAGGGAAAUUUUGCCACAAUAUUUUUUUUGUAUCUUUUGUCAUUUAUUGAAGAAUUAAAGAUGUAAAAAUGUAUAAUUAAAGCUGCAAGCAGCAUUAUGUUGUGGUGUGGCAGAAAUUUGAAGAAGUUGAGGCAUAGCUGACCAAUGUCAAGGAUUAUAUCACAAAGUUUCUUGCAAUGGUACAUGCAAAUGUAGUGGCUACAACUUCCUGUUACCAAUAGGUAGCGCUAUGACUACAACUACAUUCAUGAGUGUAGAUGUCUUCAGACCUGGAUGUGAAGUGUCUGUGCGAAUGUUUAGCUCAGUCCUCAGUUCAAUGAAUCCAAUGUUUGUGUAUGCGUGUAGCCCAUCUUCUUCCGUCUCAGACCUCCGGUGUCUCAGUUCGCGAGGGUGGGAGCGCGAUAACACAGCAGGUUGCUAUGGAGACGUCCUCGGUUGGCCCGGUCCAAAAGUCAACAGGUGUCCUUGGGAAAGUGUGGGGGGGGUGUAGGAGAGGUAUCUCUUGGCCAUGAAACUUCCAGAGGAGUUUGUUAUUGUUCCAGGGGCGCCAGAAUGUAAUCAGUUUCCUUCUGUUUGGGCGGGAGAGGAGUAAUUUCACCUUCCCCCUACUGCUCUCAACAAUUUUAGACCUCAGCUGUAGCAAUUCCCACCCUGAUGGCUUCCACUUUGCGACACAUCAACAGUCACACCAACAAUUUUGGAUAAAAUACCUCCAACUGAGCAGUUUAGGAAUAAUUUAUUAAAAGUUUCUUCUUGAAUCUUCACUGGAUCUUCACCCAUCUUCUCAUGUUACUGGGUAAGUCAAUAUUUACACUGUAGAGCAAAUUAUAGAAAAUAACUUGUAGUUCAACACGCUCACCUUCAAGAAAUCGGACAGUCUUUUGUCUUCUGUCACAUUUUUUCUCACUGUGGAUUCCUUUUUCACUGUGAUAUAAAGUCCUGCACUUCUAUGGAAACAGAAAUACCAUGAAGAAGGAGAGAGAACUCAGAAACGUCUUCAUACAAUAUGAGACAGUUUUAAUUCCGUGAUCAAAUUUCUUCGAUUAUCUAUUUUUCAAAAAUUGAAGAACAUGUACACCUUGUUUUCAAGAACCCGAACCCUUGUCAUUGAUACUGAGGGGGAAAAACAUAUAGAUAUUUAACUAUUUACAUUUUUAGUGUGUUUCCGUCCUCUUAUCUCCGUCUCUUAUCUGCUCUUUGGAAACACUUACUGCAUUUCAGCUAAAAAAAGUCCCUGAAUUUUUGUCAUGUGAUUGUUGAUCACAGCUGAGUCACAAAUGGCUUCACAGUUGUGUGAAAAGGCACAUCAUUUUUUGUUUUUUACAGAAUCUUGUUGGAGUAAAUGAUUUAUUUUUUGCGAAUUUUCAUUUGAAACAUUUAGAAUAAAGUUGAUUAAUUCAUUAAAAGCUUAGAUUGGAGUCAUUUUGCUGACAGAAAGACAGAUGAAUAGUUAAAGGAUGAUCAGAAAGUUGAAAAUCCAAUCAUUCGAUCUGUUUUUACAGUCCCUGACUUUCAAAAAAGGUGUAAUUUCUAAAGCCCUCAUGAAAUUCGGUUGUCCAAGUUUCAGUGAAUGCAACUAAAGUGUCCGAGUGCAAGUGAAAGCAGCAUCAGAGGACUAACGGUUGUUAGUGUAGCAGUCAGUUGACUGUAAUUAUUACAGAGACAAGAGAUCCCAGAAACAACCAAAAAACUCUGGCACUAAUUUAGCAGCAUAAGAGACAAUAAAAUAUAAAUGUUUUAUCUUCUGUUGAAUGAAUGCUUGAUUUUAAGUCAACUAUCUUGAUGGAACAUUGAUUUAAAGUGAUUUAGAAAUGGAAAUAGGAAGUCUGACCAGUGAUCUGUGAAACUGUUUUCACAAAUCACUUCUCUGGAUCUGAAUGUUCUGUUUCCUAUGAAAACUGUAAAAGACAAGUUGCAAAGCAGAUUAUGCAAAAUCUCUGUGAUGAAAAUUAUGAAUUAUUCUACUGAACAGAAGGCAAGUGUGUGAAGGAGUUGAGGGAGGAGUGGGCUCUAUAGGAAACUAGAAUACAAACGGGGGGAAGUGACUUUACAGACAGUUUUCACUGGACAUCGCUGGAGUUGGAUUAUUAGCUCCAACUAGGCUACAAAACUACACUGAAGGACUAAUGGAAUAUUUUCUUUAACCCAAACAGAAGACGGAUUAUUGCAGAACACAUCUGGAAUUGGGAUUUUAAUCUCUCCCUGGAGGAAAGGAGGACUUUACUGUGGACUCGGAUCUUGUACUGGGUCUUAAGUGACGGAUUCUCCUGGAUCAGAUGUGCAGCAGCUGAUGAUUAAAGUAGAGGUUUCUCAUGAACAGAGCUCCAGUUUGGACCAGCAGGAUCCAGAGUCCAUCCCCAUAAAGGAGGAACAGGAGGAACUGUGGACCAGUCAGGACAGAGAGCAGUUAAUGGGCAAGAAGAGACUGAUAUCAGCAAGUUUUAAUUCACUUCAUUCCUGUGAAAAGUGACAACAAUGAAGAUAAAAUCUCAGUCCUCAAGGCUUGAUCAGAGCCAAAUUAAAGAAAACAGAGAGGAAACGAACAGCUCAGCUAAACAGAUGAAAAUGGACACUGAUGGAGACGACUGUGGAGGACCAGAACCAGCCAGGAACCCAGAUUCAAAGACUCAUUUUCAACCAAAUACUGAUGGAAAGUCUUCAGACUCUUCAGAAACUGAAGACAGUGAAGAUGAAGAGGAGGAGCAGGAUGAGUGGCAGGAACCAUUGUCAGAUUCUGGACCUGAAACUGAAGACAGUGAUGAUGAUUGGAAGGAGACCAGAGCAGCUAAGUCUGGUGGAAAUAAUAAUGUGAGUUGUAACACCAAGAAAAAAUCUUUUAGCUGCUCUGAGUGUGAUAAACAGUUUACCAACAAGCAGUCUCUUUCUAAACACAAGGCAUGUCAUUCAGGGAAAAGCUCUUCCAACUGUUCAGCUGAUGAGAAAUGUUUUAGAGUGGAGCAAAGUGGGAACUCAAAGAAAAAGGGACGGAAAGUAAUUGGCUGUAAAGAAUGUGGUAAAACAUUUGCAUGUAGUUCUCAUUUUAAGGUGCACCUGGCAGCUCACACAGGAGAGAAACUAUUUGGCUGCGAUAUUUGUGGUGCAAGAUUUACUUAUCAUGCAACUCUGAAGAGACACAUGAUGGACCACACAGGAGAAAGACCGUUUGGCUGUGACAUUUGUGGUAAAAGGUUUUGCCAAAAAGCAACCCUAAAGACACACAUGACUGUUCACACAGGAGAGAAACCAUUCGGUUGUGAUACAUGCGGUAGAAAAUUUAGAGUCCAAUUCAACCUUACUGAACACAUGAGAGGCCACACGGGAGAGAAACCAUUUGGUUGUGGUGAUUGUGGCGCCAGAUUUUCUCGACAGGGGUCUCUGAACAGACACAUGACAAUCCACUCAGGAGCAAAGCUAUUUCGUUCCGUUGAUUGUGGUAAAAGAUUUAACCGAAGGUACCAUCUUACGGGCCACAUGAGAGUUCACACAGGAAGAGAGAGACUGUUUGAUUGUGGUGAUUGUGGCGCCAGAUUUUCUCAACACGGAUCUCUGAACAGACACAUGACAAUCCACUCAGGAGCAAAGCCGUUUCCUUGUAUUGAUUGUGGGAAAAGAUUUAACCGAAGGUACCAUCUUAUGCGCCACAAGAGAGUUCACACAGGAAGAGAGAGACUGUUUGAUUGUGGUGAUUGUGGCGCCAGAUUUUCUCAACACGGAUCUCUGAACAGACACAUGACAAUCCACUCAGGAGCAAAGCCGUUUCCUUGUAUUGAUUGUGGGAAAAGAUUUAACCGAAGGUACCAUCUUAUGCGCCACAAGAGAGUUCACACAGAAAGAGAGAGACCGUUUAGUUGUGGUGAUUGUGGCGCCAGAUUUUCUCGACAGGAAAAUCUGAACAGACACAUGACAAUCCACUCAGGAGCAAAGCCGUUUCCUUGUAUUGAUUGUGGGAAAAGAUUUAACCAAAGUGACCGUCUUAUGCGCCACAAGAGAGUUCACACAGGAAGAGAGAGACUGUUUGAUUGUGGUGAUUGUGGCGCCAGAUUUUCUCGACAGGAAAAUCUGAACAGACACAUGACAAUCCACUCAGGAGCAAAGCCGUUUCCUUGUACUGAUUGUGGGAAAAGAUUUAACCGAAGUGACAGUCUUAUGCGCCACAAGAGAGGUCACACAGAAAGAGAGAGACCGUUUAGUUGUGGUGAUUGUGGUGCCAGAUUUUCUCGACAGGAACAUCUGAACAAACACAUGACAAUCCACUCAGGAGCAAAGCCAUUUUGUUGCGAUGAAUGCGGUCAAAAUUUUAUAGGAAAGUCACAUCUUGACAGACACGAGAGUUCACACAGGAGAGAAGCCAUUUCAAUGUGAUGAUUGUGGGAAAAAUUUUUCACAGCGACCUCAUCUACAGCGUCACAUGAAGAUGAUACACAAAAUAGAAACCGCAUAGUUGCAGGGCUUGUAGUAAAUGAUUAACUAUUGUAUAUUGGCAAGAACCACAGCUCUAACAAUGCUUCAAAGCAGCAAAUAUUAAAACAAAGCUCACUGUAGUGACUCUACAACCUGCUGUACUCUACAUCGUCCCUGCUGUUUAAUUUACCUGCAGUAGACUGGACCCAACAUGAACCCUGCUGCUGUCUUUGAAUAAAAUGAGUUACAUCAGUGUACUUAUAGUACCCGUGCUUGUGCUUAUGUGUAGUUCAAUGAUGUAUUUUUUAGGGCUGGGCACUGUUAAGAAGCAUGGAGGUGUGAGAUCCCAGAAACAGCCAUAAAAGCGAGACUCUGGCCAGUUAACAAACUGAAUGAAGGCACUCAGUGUGAUAUAACCUGUGAUUCACACAACUAAUUAUGCUAUAACCUGAUGAAUGUGAUUAAACUAACUUGUACUCUGAUUUUUAUAACCUUAGUUAAGAGAUGUAACUCAAUAUAAAGUGAUAGUCUUGUUAGCUGCUAUAGACUGAGUGAGAAGUCAAGAGCUGAAGUGAACGGGUAUGUGUUCACUAAAAAGGUUAUUGAGCAAAGAUAGGAAGACUUUGGGAAACUUUUAAGGAUUAGAAAAAAAGUAAGUCGUUGCACAUUGUGCAAGUUGCACAAUGGGAUGUCUGUGGCAUGUAGACGCUGAUAUUGGCUUCUCCGUUUCUCUAACUGGGGCCCUCUCUGAGUUUCCCGUGAUCAGGGAAACUUAAUAAUGGGUGAAUAAAGUUUACGAGAGCUGGCCUUUAGGUCAGCAGUUUUGUUUCCUCUGUCCCAAUGGUUGUUAACUAUACAGACACAUGGGUGAGGGUUGAAAUGCAGAAAGGCCAUAAGAUUGAAGGAGUGGAGAAGUGCGUGAGUUGGGAAGGGGAGAAUGUGCUGAUAUGCACAUGUGUACCGAAGAAGGCUUCGGCGUAUGGUAUAAAGUGUGUCUGAUAAAGAAGCUACCUUGGAGUUGUAGCAAGGUUAUCACUCAGAGCAAGUCGGACAUUAGGUCUGAUCAGAGAGGAAUAUACUGCGCAAAAUAGAGGGAUUUUUCAUUAUGAUCUGUAAAAACUUGUUCCACUGGAAUGAUGGACUAAAGGACUGCUCUUUCUGUACUGUUUGAGGAUUACAGAGGACUGUCUUCUGAAAACACUGACUGAGGGAAUAUUACUGAACUCCAUCAUUUCAACGAAUGGACAAUACCGGUGUAGAUGACAAAUGUGCUGGCCCAAACGACAAAAAGAAUACAAGCAGAUCUGAAUCUGGACUGAACCCCCUUUGCUCCCCCUCAGCCGGAGAGCCUCGGCAGCUGUCGGUGAACGGGGCCCCCGGACAGGGCUUCACCCCAACCCCCCUUUGGGGGCUCUCGGGUCAUCAGAUUAGGACUGGAGCAGCCAGCUUUGGCCGAGCUGACUGCUCUCACCUUCCCAAUUACUAUUUCUAGGUGAUCUCUUCUUUUAUAUGUAAGCAUAGUUCUACUUUCUGAAUCACAUUAAUCAAUUGUUACUUUACACAUUUUAAUCUGAAUCAUUGAAUUUUGUAAUUGUGAGCUAAUGGUUUGCCCAUACUGAAACAUUUUAAUAAACAUUUAUCCUGCUGUCAAAGUUAACAGAUUGGAAAAUCAGUUUAUCCCUUUUUGAUGUGGUUAGAUUCCAUGGUGGUAAGAUACUUAGGUUAAUGUGAGUAUUACAACUAGAUGGUUCUUAAUGGUUGUCUUAAUUAUUGAGGCUAAAAAUAGUCUCAUUAAAACUUAUCCCUGGGGUUAUUCUUAUCCAAACCUGUAAACUUUAAACCUAGCAACUUAGCAGGGUCAAGAUCCAAUUAGAGGAAAGCUGCCGUUAACAGGCGUGACUGGCAAGUUAAUUUAACCAUUCAAAAGGCUACUCAGUUAAAUUAAUUAUCAGAGGAAGCGGGACAGGCGUCUGGAUGAAGGCAGUCAGCAGCUAGAUGAAUUUCCUUGCCACCAGCUUAAACCCUUCCUCAGAUCCCAUCUGGGUUAGAACCCUCUGGGCAGCAGGAACCUAGACCCGUUAGAUGGAGUGAUUCUCUGACUAUUAAUUAAAUUAAUUUAGGAGAUAACUGCCCUGGGGUCAACACACUAUAUUUCAGGUUUAUAUGGUCAAAACACAAUAGUACAACAUUGUGGGAAAACAUAUCAUUUCCUGUUGCCAGCAGGUGGCGCUAUGACUGUGACAGAGCACUUCCUGUUUCACUGCAAAGCAUCAAAGUUCAGGGGGCCACCAUGGCCACACCCUUAGACUUUUGUGGAAGAUUUUGAUAACUUACUGAUAAAAUAAUUUUAGAUAAAGUACCUCCAACUUAUCAAAAUUGCCUUGGAAACUGCCCAACAUCAGACAAAACGUCUCCAAAAUUAUUAGAGGUUUGAAGUGAGUUCACAAAAAGAAAACUGCUGAUGAGCCGCUCAGACAGAAAGACAGACAGAAAGACAGACAGAAAGUGACUUCCUGUUCUCAGAGAAGAGUUCCCAAAGGUUUCUAUCCUGCAAGAUUAAUGCAAAGUAGAUCCAGAAUGAACCGGUUUAUGUGCUAAGGCAAAGUUAGCUGUAUCUUCUCAGCAGAAGAUACUCAGGGACUUCAUGUUUGUGAGCAGUUUAGGAAUAAUUUAUUAAAAGUUUCUUCAAAUUUAAUCUCACUGCAUCUUCACCUAUCUUCUCAUGUUACUGGGUAAGUCAAUAUUUACACUGUAGAACAAAUUAUAGAAAAUAACUUGUAGUUUAUCACGCUCACCUUCAAUAAAUUGGACAGUCUUUUGUCUCCUGUCACACUUUUUCUCACUGUGGAUUCCUUUUUCACUGUGAUAUAAAGUCCUGGACUUCUAUGGAAACAGAAAUACCAUGAAGAAGGAGAGAGAACUCAGAAACGUCUUCAUACAAUAUGAGACAGUUUUAAUUCCACAAUCAAAACGACAAAAAGAUUCUCAGAGGGCGGAGCCAGAGAGCAGCGAUUGGUCAGACCAUAGAUAAUAUAGAAGCCAGCACGCUAGCGUAUCUGGUCUAUGUAUGUCUAUGGUCGGCACGUCUGGUAGCAUCUCUGGCUGCUGUUGACCUUGUUUUUGGAGUAAAACACGGUGGAAGCUGAAUUAGUGAGGAUGACUCCUGCUCCUGUCAUCUCUAAGCUCCUCACACAUCUUUACCUGCACAUGAGGAAAAUCACUCCUGUAGAAUGCUGAUGCACAAUGAGGGACGUCUGCAGCGACUGAGAAAGAGUCUCACCACAUCCUGACAUGAGGAAAAAGACUUUAUUGAAGACUACAAUGAGAAAAACUAUCAGACAGCAGACAGCUGCAUUCAAGUCUGUAGCUGCUGAAUUCAUGGAUGAAUCAUCUGGCACUAGAGAAGAAGACCAUCAAACAUCCACGUCAGCUGAUGGAGGUCCAAGAGUCUCACCGAACAACCAACCUACAGAGUGAAGACCUCGAAUCUGAUUGGACGGCCUCCUAUUCAGCCACAUGUGUGAACAAAUGCCUCUAAGUUGAUUUGUUUUCUAAAAUAAAUCUAGUUUGAGUCCUAA